AUGAACCCUGCGGAGGGAUGUGGAGCCCAGGCCGUAUAUCCUGCCCAGGUGGGAUCCGGUGUGGGUGCCCUUCAGUGUGAGGAACGCAAGGCAACGCAGUUAGGGUGGAAUUUGGGAGAAGAGAAGACAGUAAGACAACUUUUGCCCGGUACAACUGUCAUGCUUGGCACCACCAAGCCUAUCGCCGGACACCAUUCUCCGCUGCGGCCUGAACAGGGCGGAUCACCUUCUACAAAAACGGCAGAGCAAAGUGGCGCGUGCAGGCCUUUAAAAACACCCGACCCUAAGCAGGCACCAAACAUGACCGUAAACCCUGCGCCGGUUGAGGCAAGACGCAAUGAUGUAAAAAGUCGUAGGGAGUUUAGGCUGCGCAUUGCGAGCAAAAAAAGGCCAGAAGUACAUGGAACUACGGCGAAUGACGAUGAGAGUCUUCUGCGGACACCGAAGGAAGAAAGAGGUUCAUGCAAGAAUGAACAUGAUUUAAGGCGUGGAUGUUCCGAUGAAACUGACGAUGCAGGGCCAAUACCCACAACAAGUAGUUUUCAUGAUCACCAAAGGAGCUCGUCUAGUCGCACGGAUGGAAGUGAUGAAGGCAUUCCCCACUAUCAGCUUCCUUCCGUUGAGGAGAGGCUCCGUGCCAUACGGGAGGAACGAAGCCAACGCCUGGAAAAGAUGCAGGAGAAUCUUGCAAAGGAGAAAGCAGGGACCGUUGCGCCGCGACCAAAAACACUCAAAAGAGUUAACCAAGGUCGAUUCAAAGCCAUCGUGGGGCGCCCAGCUUCAACUGCCAGUGGUGCCACGGCGUCACUUUUGAUUCGGGACCGUUCGGUUGAUCACCCUCAAACGGAAUCCCCCAAGAUGAAGCGGGAGCCAUUGAUUGACUGUGAUGUAUUGUCAGCCCCAUGUUUGACACGUGUUUCCCCUGUUGUAGCUCAACAAACAGAGGAGGAGCCAAUAACCCCUUUAGAGAUUGAAAAGGAUGAUCAUAUGGCUUAG